AUGAAGCCCCAGCCAGGUGCUUCCAGUCCUCUCUCAAUUUCGGCGGCAGUGAAAGCCGCAGGAAAGCGGAAAGAUUGGGAAUCUGCUUUGAUUUGCCUUUACGACAAGAGGGCCUUGUCGCCGUCUGAACAUCGAUGGCAUCCGCUUGCACUUGCACCUCCAAUGGCCGCAAUGAGCAUCUGCGCCAGAGCGAGUCAUUGGGCUUCGUCCAUUCAGGUCCUGCAAGCUAUCCAUGCAUGUGACCUGAAUCCGGAUCUCUACAUUCUGGGUUCAGCUUUAAAUGCAUGUGACAGAGGCUAUGCAUGGUCUGCCGCCUUGCAUCUUCUCUGUGGAAUUGGGAGGUACGGGCUUGAAUUCAGUGAGGUCCUCGUCAACUCUGCAACGACUGCAUGCGAUAAGGGCAACCAAUGGGCUUGCUCGCUUUGGCUUCUGUCGGACUUCGGAACGAAGAGGUGUCGGCUGGACGGUGUCAUCGGGCACAGUGCAGCUAUGUCUUCCUGUGCUCGUUUCGAGCGGCACUGGGCACGAUCUUUAGUCCUUUUCGAGAGGUUACAGCAUCGCUUCACCCCGGACAUCAUAGCCUACAACAGUGUUAUGCAUGCAUGUUCUACUGGUGCUGCAGUGGAAGUAGCCAAUCACAUCCUCGCUCAGAUGCUAUGGAGUGGACCUCCACCAGACUUGGUAACUUUCAAUACGUUUAUAACAGCAUUGAGCAACUCACAUGCUUGGUCGCAGUGCCUUGGGAUGCUCGAGCAGCUUCAGAAAACAGGUCCACCACCAUCCGUGGUCACAUACAAUGCUGUCCUCAGCUCUCUCGGACACGACGAAUGUAGUUGGACAUUCACCAUCGUCUUGUUGGAGGCCAUGCAUGACAAGGAUGUUCUUCCUGACGUCGUAACGUUCGGAUCCAUCAUGAAAGCCCUGGCACGUGCCUCGCAAUCGAAGGUGGCUCUGUCCUUCCUUUCUUGGCUGGAACGUAAACAUGGCCCGACGAACGAAGUGGUUUACAGUGCAGCCGUCUCAGCCUGUGAGGGUGGAUGGCUAUGGAAAGAGAGCAUUGCCUUGAUCGGAAGGGCGAGGCGCAUGAGCUUGAAAAUGGAUGCCAUCGUCUACGGUGCCGCCUGCAGCACCUGUCAGAAGAGUCAGCGCUGGGAACAUGCCAUACGCUUCCUGGACACAGCACGAGAUCAGUCCGUGGCAAGCACUGGAAGCACCCCGCUCGUGAAUGCGGCCAUCUCUUCCUGUGCAGACUCCGCUCAGUGGCUCCUAGCUUCGAAACUCUUCCAAAGGGCAUCCUCUUUGCAAGUCGAGGCAGACACCACGACCCACAAUGCAUGCCUCACAGCUUUCUCUCGACAUUGGGAGACUGUUCUGCACCUUGCGGAGCUGGCAUCGAUCCAGGAGGCGCAACUCGACACGGUCAGCUUCAAUGCGCAACUCGCGGCCCAGGGCACUGCCAGCGCUUGGAGGCAGGCCGUGCAUACGGUGUCUACCGAGAUGCGGCAGCGCAGCGUGCAGAUGGACACGAUCGGACUAAAUGCUGCCAUGACCUCGGUUUCAAGCGAGUGGGUCCAGAGUGGGGCCAUGCUUGCGCAGAUGAGAUUGGUGGGACUAAAAGCCGACGAUUUGUCGAUGGGUGCUGCCCUGGCUUCAUGCAGCUUGUGCCAGCAAUGGGCGGCUGCCCUACGCUGGCUGCCAUUGAUGCAAGACGCCGCGAACAUCAAGGAUGCCGGUCCCCUGGCGCUGGCAGUGGCCGGAGUGAUUGAUGCAUGCCAGGGCUUGCAUGAAUCGGUACCUGUGCCUGGGCUUUUGAUGCGUCUUCGCUGGCAACUUGUCUCA